CAGGUGCGCCGGGCUCCGCACCGCCGGUGUGUGCUGCCCCCGCGCGGCCGCACUGUCGUCCUGCACCCGCAGGGGAGCGCACCUGAGAGCCCUCGGGCCCCAGGAAUCGGAGCAAGUCCAAGUAUCUGUGAGGUCACCCUCCCUCUCCCAGCUGGAGGAAGAGAAGGGCCAGACAUGGAGGCCGUCCCUCUGGUCAGAUCCAGCCUCUUGGGGAUUCUGCUGCUGGUGGUGAAGCUCUCAGUGCUGCUGGUCCAGAACCGGGUCCACCUCUACAAUCUCCUGCUCCUCAAGAUUCUCCUCUUCAACCACUGGCUGUUGGGGCUGGGUCAUGAGGCUUGGGGGUCCCGCGGCCGCCAGGCCCAUCCAGCCCCCGGGGUUGCCGCCAGCCCCCUGGGGCGGGCCCUGCGGGCGGGGUGGGGACUGCUAGGCGUCCCCGUGUGGCUGGGGCUGCGGGCGCCCCGGCUGGUGUGGGCGGGCGUGCAGCGCUGGGCCCGGGCCUUGGGCCUGUCUGCGGCCACCGGCACGGAGCUGCUUCUGUCCUGCCUGCACAGCCUGAUGCUGGCGGGCUUGCUGCUGUUGCUGCUGACCUGGAGGCUGUGCCGGAGGGCCCGUCGCUGCAGCCUGGCCGGGCUGCUCAGCAAGGCGCUGCUGGACAACCGAGUGGUGCCGGAGCUCCGAGCCCUGCUGAGGCGUCUGUACUGGUGGGUGGAGACCCCAACAGCGCUCACCUGGCACCUGGCCUAUCUCAUCACCUGGACCACUUGCCUUGCCUCCCACCUGCUGCAAGCUGCCUUUGAGCACACAGCCCAGCUGGCCCAGGCCCAGGAAGCUGAGCCCCCGCAGGGCUCAGGACCCUCGUCCACGUCCCCGCUCCCCGAGCCCCUGGGCCCCAAGGCUGGGCCAGCCCUGCCGGAGCAUGGGACCCCUGCAGAAUAAGUGUGUCCCCAUUUACCUUUCUGGACCUGGUGUAGCCUGGGGUCUCGCUCUGUGUCCCUCUUCCCUACUGGUGGGCGUGUGCAUGUGCGUGUGCGUGUGUGUGUGUGUGUUCAUGUGUGCCCUAGGGCUGCCUCUGGGAAGGAAAUCAUAUUUCGUGGGCCCUGGAUCUGUGCCAGGUAACCCUCUCAGACACUUUACGUACGUAACUUUGUUUAAAUCUCAUAGCAUUACAGGUUUCAGGUUUGAUUAGCUCCAUUUUCCAGAUGAGAAAAUUGAGCCUCAGAAGGUUGAACAUUCCCAAAGUCCCCAGAGUGAGUCAGGGGAAGAGCCAGCACUGGGGCACAGACCUAACUUUCGCUAGGUCUGUACCCCUGAUUCUCAGGACUGUCUGUGCCCAGGGCUUUAAGGGAGAUGGGUCGUUAGAGACUCUGGCCUCUGGGGGGUGCUAAGGCCUCACAUUGCAGAGAUUUAGAAAGUUCCUUUGAGAAGUAGUGACUCCUGAGCUAGUCGGCAGCUAGCCCAUCCAUUCAUUUACACUCAGCCCCUCAUUUUACUACUCAGCUGCCCAUCCAUCCAUCCACCCAUCUGCCUGUCCAUCCAUCCAUCUGCCCAUCCAACCAUCCAUCCAUCUGCCUGUCCAUCCAUCCAUCCAUCCAUCU